AUGGCAGCGACGAGAAUUAAAUCCAACCCUCUACCUCUUGCGACUACAUCAGAAUCAAAACAAAAUCAUCUGCCGCCGAAGACAUAUUCUGCAAACAACAGCGCACACGAUCGUGGCCAAGAUUCGACUCGAUUUCGUUCCGAAAUGUCAAUCAGUAUGAGUCAAGGAUCACAGCCUGGUGGUUUAAUGAUGCAACCAGGUGGACCUUUUCGUCAAUACGACUCAACCGGUGCCAUGAAUCGUAGAGACAUGGCACCUCAAAUCUAUUCGGCGGUGUAUUCCGGUGUCGAUGUAUAUGAAAUGGAAGUUAAUCGUAUAGCAGUCAUGCGACGGAGAAAAGAUAGUUGGCUUAAUGCUACCCAGAUAUUGAAAGUAGCAGGAAUCGAAAAAGGAAAGCGAACAAAGGUCCUCGAGAAAGAAAUUCUGAUUGGAGAUCAUGAGAAAGUUCAGGGUGGGUACGGAAAAUAUCAAGGAACUUGGAUUAGAUUCGAAAGAGGCGUUGAAUUUUGCAAACAAUAUGGCGUGGAAGAACUUCUACGGCCACUUUUAAGCUAUGAUAUGGGCCAAGAUGGAGGUAUUGCAGGACAAGGUGGAAUUGAUACCCCAACGAAGGAACAAGCAAUGGCUGCACAAAGAAAGAGACUUUAUAAUUCAGGGACCGAGAAUCGUAAUAUUGGACAAUCCGGAACAUUCUUUAAAAAUAUUUCGAAUCAAGCUUCCCUCGCAGUCGCAGCAAUUAGCAAAGCCCGAUUUGAUUCACCUGUUCCUAGGAAUCGAAACAGUAGCGCAAGACCUCCUACUUUUAGCAGACAAUCAUCACAACAAAUGAGUCAAGAGACUACAUUCCCCAACUCGCAACAAAGUAUCCAAAGCUUCGUUUCUAACGAAGGUUUAACGAAUGGAGAUUCGGCUUAUGCAACUCAAUCCCAAUUUCAGUUCUCGCAUACUGGUAGAGAGGAUGGAGAUUUCCAAGAGCCGCCACGAAAAAGACGAAGAGAAUCUCUCGAGCCACCGAAUGAUAGCCAACAGUCGAUGAAUGGUGGUUAUAAUAUGUCCUUGCGAGAGCCGUCUCCAACCGAACCUAAUGAUUCAUUCUUCUAUCGUCAAGAUUUGGGUUUAUCACAAGACGAACAAGCUCCAAUGCCGUUACCACCUCUACCAGAAAAUCAACACAAUGGAAAGAAGGGAUUGACUCUAUUGUCACUCUUUCACAACGAGAAUUCUUACUUGGGGACGAAUGAGCACAAUGACCAGGAGGCGUUUCGUACUAUGUCCGGUGUAGAACUCGAUAUUCCUAUAGACAAAUCAGCCAAUACCGCUGUUCAUUGGGCUGCUACUCUUGCAAGAUUACCUGUCUUACAAAAGCUUAUUCAAUCCGGCGCAAGCAUAUAUCGAGUCAAUCUCAGAGGAGAGACUGCAUUGAUGAGAGCAUGUUGUGUAGCUAACAAUUUGGAUCAAGGAAGUUUCCCGGACCUUCUUGAAUUACUCGGCAACACUAUUGGCUUCCAGGAUAAUCGUGGACGAACAGUCUUACAUCAUAUAGCUGUUACUUCAGCUGUCAAAGGUCGCAGCCCUGCUAGCAAAUACUAUCUUGAAUCACUCCUCGAAUUUGUUGUUAGGAAAGGUCGUUCAUUCAAUGGUCAAUCACAAAAUCAUGAGCCUAAUCCUCAUGCCAUGGAUAUUGGUCGAUUUAUGUCUGAAAUGGUAAAUGCACAGGAUAAUUCAGGUGAUACUGCUCUGAAUAUUGCAGCUAGAGUCGGUAAUAAAAGUAUUAUCUCCCAACUCAUGGAAGUUGGAGCAGAUCCUGAAAUUCAGAAUAAUUCCAAGUUACGCCCAUCAGAUUUCAUUGGGGGUUUGACAAACCCUGGAGAUCGUUUAGGUCUUGCAAGUCCUGAUAAGAGAGGAAAUAAAGCCACGCGUGAAACAAGUGGAGAAAUUAUUGACUACUUUGGAAAAGAAGUAGAAGCUAAACAAGCUCAAAUCGACUCAAUUCAUGCCAAACUUCGCGAAGCAUCUGCAAGCUUAGGAGAAGAACGACGUGCCAUGGAAGCAAAACAAGAACGUAAUAGACAACGUGAAGAACGUGAUCUCAAAAUCGCAAACCUCACUCGAGCUGCAGAAGAAGAAAGUAUGAAAUUACUUCAACUUCAGCAACAAUUCAAUCAACCUACUUCAGAUCUAGACCUUGAAAUGCAUCUUGGUGAUGCAGAUAAAUCUUUGGCGGUUCCACAAAUUCCUGCAGAUAUAAAUAAUACUCCGACGAGAAAUUCGAAUCUCAAAGUAGAUCAUGCGAAUAGACAAGCGUUGUUACAACAAUUACCUUCACUACAUAUUCUUCAAGCGAGAAUCAUGGCUUAUAAAGCUAAUAAUGAUAAUUUGGAAAGAAGCGUUCAAGAAUUGAGAAGUAAAGAUACUGGCAGGAUAGCAAAGUAUAAGAAAAUUAUUAGUUUGUGUACGGGUGUGGAUGUUUCGAAGGUGGAUAGUGUCAUUGAGGGGUUGGCGAGAGCGGUGGAGAGUGAGAGUGAUGUCGAUUUAAAUAGGGUUCGAGAGUUUUUGACGAGGGUUGAGGGGGUUUAA